AUGAGGAAGAACAAACAAAUGUGUAAGUUACUUCUCGAAGGUGAUAGUUAUUUUAAUGAUGAAAAUGUCUAUAUGGAGGAAAUUAACAAAAACGUAAAAAUCAAAGGAUAUUGUAGUAUCAAUGGUUGUAAAACAAAUGAAGAUCGUAUUAAUUCUGUGGCCAAAUAUAUAAUUAUGGAAUUCAAAAAUUUAACAUCAAGAAAAGAAAGGCAUAAUGAUUAUGAUGAAUAUUUAUUGAUGUGGAUAAGUGAUAAAUUGCUUAAGAUACACAAAAAAGGAAAAGGCCAAAAUAUUGGAAGAGGCCGUAUGGAUGCUUUUACUUUAAAGCAGGCUUAUGAAGAGUAUUUAGAGAAACAUACAAAAGGAAUGGAUUAUUGGGUUCUUUUGGAUAUGCAGCAGGGUUUGAAAGAAGCGAAUCUUAAGUAUAUGAGCGAAUUUUAUAAAUUACUUAAUAAAAUAUGUAAAAUAAUUACAGAUUAUAAUAAUGGUGGCAGAAAUAAGAAUAUUCCUAAAUAUUCUACCGAUUGCGGUCGUCAAUAUAAAACCCUUUAUAAGAACAUUUCUGAAUGCAAAUCAUAUCUUGAUUUAUUGAAUAAAUUAAAAGGCACAUAUGAUGAUUUUAUAAGUUAUGCUAUUAAGAAAAAUAGUUCAAACAAUGAUUUAAAAACUAAACUUCAAACACUUACAACAGAAGAUGGAAAAGUGAUGGAGGCGGUGAGAAGUUUUAAAACAUACGACUUCAGUAAUGAAGAAUGA